GCGUCGACAGUGACGCACGCCUCGGGGUGGGUGCGCGCGCGUCCAGCGGCCUCUUUGUGUGGUGCCCAGAAAGGGGAACGGAGGCGGCGGCUGAGGGAGCUAGCGGCAGCGGCGAAGGCCUUGGUUGGGUUUUUUCUACCCCCCUUAUCCUCGGCUCGCCCCCUGACCGGCUCCUUCUCCCCUCCCUCCCCCCCUUCCUUCCUCUUCCCUCCCCUUCCCCUCACGCGCCCCUUUCCCUUACCCCUCCCCCGCGGGGGCCGGGCGGCGGUGACCGGGGGACCGGCGGCCGAGCGAGGCCUGAGCCGAGCGAGCGGCGGGCGGCGGAGCAGUCGAGCGCUCAGUGGGCGAGGGGAAGGCCGAGGCUGCAGAGAUGGAGAACUCGCAGUUGUGUAAGCUGUUUAUCGGCGGCCUCAACGUGCAGACGAGCGAGUCGGGCCUGCGCGGCCACUUCGAGGCCUUCGGGACCCUGACGGACUGCGUGGUGGUGGUGAACCCCCAGACGAAGCGCUCCCGCUGUUUCGGCUUCGUGACCUACUCCAACGUGGAGGAAGCAGACGCCGCCAUGGCCGCCUCGCCCCACGCCGUGGACGGCAACACGGUGGAGCUGAAGCGGGCCGUGUCCCGGGAGGACUCGGCCCGCCCCGGCGCCCACGCCAAGGUGAAGAAGCUGUUCGUGGGAGGCCUGAAAGGGGACGUGGCCGAGGGCGACCUGGUGGAGCACUUCUCGCAGUUCGGCGCGGUGGAGAAGGCGGAGAUCAUCGCCGACAAGCAGUCGGGCAAGAAGCGCGGUUUCGGCUUCGUUUACUUCCAGAGCCACGACGCCGCCGACAAGGCCGCGGUCGUGAAGUUCCACCCCAUCCAGGGCCACCGCGUGGAGGUGAAGAAGGCCGUGCCCAAGGAGGAUAUCCACCCCGGCGGCGGGGGCGGCGGCGGCUCCCGGCCCUCCCGGGGCGGCCGUGGUGGUCGAGGCCGCGGCGGCGGCGGCGGCGGCGGCCGAGACCAGAACGGGCUCUCGAAAGGCGGCGGCGGCGGCGGUUACAACAGCUACGGCGGCUACGGAGGCGGUGGCGGCGGCUACAACGCCUACGGCGGCGGCGGGGCGUCCUACGGCGGCAGCGACUACGGCAACGGCUUCGGCGGCUUCGGCAGCUACAGCCAGCACCAGUCCUCGUACGGGCCCAUGAAGAGCGGCGGCGGCGGCGGCGGGGGCAGCAGCUGGGGCGGCCGCAGCAACAGUGGACCUUACAGAGGUGGCUAUGGCGGUGGGGGCGGCUACGGAGGCAGCUCCUUCUAGAAAUGGAAGGGAAAAAAAAGUUCCCGGGGGGUGGGGGCAUGCUGGCGGGGCAGCUCCUUUUUCAGAGCCCCGCCCGAAGUUCGACUCCCCGAAGUCCUCUCCCCCUCCCACCAUUCUUCCUUUUGCCCUUGGGGGG